AUGAGUGAAAAUUCUCAAUUUACAGAGAAGGAAGAUAGCUCAAAUUCAAGAAUCAAAUUGCAGAAGAACCUCUCACAAAAAAGAUCGUCAUCAUCAUCAACAUCAUCCAAUUCAGUCAGCGAGGCCAAAAUCAAUCUUGCCACGUCAGCUACAGCUACUUUGCAUGGAAACGGCAUACCUGAAAAGACACGAUUACAUGGGCUGGGGCCCGCCAAACCCCCGGUGAGCCCUCCGGGCAGCCAUCAGAUAAUCGCCGUCAGUACACUUGGCGGCAUGCGAUUGGACUCCCCACAUUCUCCGCACGCCGGGCGGUCCUUUACUCCCAGGAGAAUACUCCUCUGCUUCGCGACCCUGUCAAGCAUGGGAACUAUUGUGCUGAUCUACUUGACUUUAUCGAUGCGUAAGGAUUUAAAUUGA